CUACAUAUGUAUAUAAACAUUUUGUGAGAAAAACAUGGAAGUAACAGCAGCCGAACCAUGCUUGCUAUGCCUAGAAGAGAAUCCGUUGACCCUGAAUGAUUAUAUGGAUGUAUUUUCGGCAAAGGCGGCCCAACUGAAUGUGGUGCAAAUUAUCAACAAACAUUUUCCAAUAGAGUUAAUACAAAGUAGUGGGGAAACUCGGAAAAUAUGCCCGCUAUGCUGGACAACAGUAUCCGCUUUCAACACGUUGCACGAUUUCGUCAGCUCCGCACAAAGCUCGCUGCGAGAAACCAAGGUGCUGCUCAUGGAGGAUGAUCCGCUGACUCAAGGAAACUUUAAGCAGGCUAAUGCCGAUGCAGCCGAUCUAAAUGGUCGCAAUUUCUUCUACCCUGAGGUCAAGAUAGAGGAACAUGAGCUGGAACAGUUGCCCAAAAUUGAAGUUAUUGAAGGUACGAGCAGCCUGCAGACAUCCUCGCCCGCUCGACGUCUGCGAAAACGUGUCAAAGCGGAGUCAGAACCCGGAAAUGCCCAACCAGAAUCGUUAGAGAUUAAUGCAAGUGAAUCUCUAGAUACAGUUGAAGCCCCGAAGAAACGUCGUGGACGACCACGCAAAAGCGAAGUCAUGCUUAAACCAAGCCCAGCUGAAACGCAAACUGAGCAAAAUUUAGAUUUGGAAUCGUGUCUCAAGGCAGAAGCAGAACAUCCCGACGAUUUUAGUGACGAUGAUCAGGACUUCUCUGCCGAAUUCGUUGAAGGACUUGCCCAUAGCGACGACAGCAGCGAGGAGAGUGCCCAAAGCGAUGAUGAUUCUGAUUUUACGGUUGGCAAGCCGGAUGACGUUGAAUUUGCUGUCAUACCGAAACGUACUCCAGUUCGACCCAAGAAAUAUAAAAAGCGUGCCAAGCCAGCGGAACCGCGAGUUCGCAUGUCCCGUGAACUGCUCGACCAGAGGAAGAAACAGCAGGAGGAAUUCGAUGCGAUCAUAGCCAAGUUCUUUAGCGAUGUGUUGCCUUGCUCCAUAUGCAAUCUGCUAGUGCAUAACUUUACGGAGAUGCAACGCCAUCAUCGACUCACACAUCAAGUGGAUCCAGGAUAUAUGAUUUGCUGUGGACGCAAGUUUACGCAACGUAAGGUGCUGGCCGAACAUGUGCUGGUACAUUGGAAUCCUGAGCACUUUAAAUGCACCACCUGCGAAAAGUCAUUCCAAAAUUCAAGACAUUUGGAAUCACAUCAACAGGUUCACGUGUCCAAAUUGACCUUCCAAUGUGAUCUAUGCAGCAAAGCGUUCCUUAGCAAAACUGCCAUCGACUAUCAUAAGCUGAACAAGCAUGUUCCCAAAUCUGAAUUCAAAUUCAGCUGCAGCGAGUGCAACAAAAAAUUCCUGACUGAACGCAAGCUAAAGAAUCAUAUGAAUUCUAUGCAUGAUCCGGAGAGCAUUAUCAUUUGUGACAAGUGCGGCAAACAAAUGCGCACGAAAAUCAUCUUGAAGAAGCAUCAAGAGCUGAUGCACUCAAACACCCCACGUCCAGAACCCGAAUUGAAGCAGUGUCAAAUCUGUGGCGCCUGGUUGAAAGGCAUGACAGGUCUUAAGCAGCAUAUGAAGAGCAUACAUGUGGAGAGCGCGGGCGAGCAUCGCUGUCAUGUAUGCAACAAGAUAUCACCAAAUGCACGUGCGCUGCGUCGUCACAUCUAUCACAAUCAUGAAUGCGAGCGCAAGUUCAAGUGUACCAUGUGCGAUAAGGCCUUCAAACGUCCACAGGAACUCAAGGAGCACACAUCUACUCACACCGGCGAAGUUUUGUACACCUGUCCCAAUUGUCCGAUGACAUUCUUCUGCAGCGCCAAUAUGUAUAAGCAUCGACAGCGAUUGCAUCGAGCACAGUACGAGGCGGAUAAGAAUCAGCCAAAGCCUCCAAAUAUAUUGCAGCAAGCAGUAGGCGCAACGGCUGCCAUGAAGAUCAAACUGAUGCAGAAUACAAAUGUUCCCAGCAUAGAAACGGACUUGAAGCAUUUCUAGAUCAAAACAUAAGUACGCGUAAGGCCCUUAGUCUAAAUAGUUAUAGUUUAACAACUAGUUGUGUAAAGUUCAAAAAGAAUAUAGCAUUAGAAUAUAUAUAUAUAUAGUAUAGUCGAUGUCG